UUUGCAUUCGUCAAGGUGACGUCAUGAUUAACCACGUGGUACCGUGUCUUCCGUGUUGUUUCGAAAUGCCUCAAACUGCGUUAACCACUCGUGAUAAUGUGAAUACUGUGAAUAGAGAAUAAUUAUCCGGUUCCAACAGAAACAUAUUGGAGUUACUAAUAAGGAUAAUAUCGCAGAGGAAAAGCAGAAUCUCCACAUUUCUAUCUUUUUCCGGAGACUUUGGGACAGGUGUCAGGUAACACGAGCUGGUAUACAGAUGCGGCUAAAAGAUCCCUUCUCCUUAAAAACGGCCGAGAUGACGAAGCGGUCCAACAAGCCGAGGAAACCUCGUGAAGAAGAAUCGUCAGAUGAGAUUAGCGGACUGACGUGUCAGCACGUGAGUAAAGCAGUGGAGUUGAACUCAGUGAAGAAAGCGGUGACAGGAAGUCUGUGGUCCGUUUGCUGUGACUGCAUGAGGGAGAGAGAUGUGUUUGAGUCGGAGCAGGCUGGAGCUCAUGACAUCCUGGUGUGUCUCAAAUGUGGCUUCCAGGGAUGUAGUCAGUCAGAGAAACAGCACUCAGUGAAACACCAGCAGGCUCAUGUCUCAGACUCUCACUGCAUCAGCAUCAGUCUCAGCACCUGGAAGGCCUGGUGUUUUGAGUGUAAUGAGGAACUCUCCACACACUGCAAUAAAAAAGCUUUGGCUCAAACACUCGACUUCCUGCAGAAACACUCGGCCAAAUCAGCCUCAGGAUCAACAUCAAAAAUCAUCAAACUGAUCGAGGAGCCUGCAGAAUAUUCCGAGCCAGCGAGAGGGAAGAGUCCAGUGAACAGCACUUUAAUUCCUGUUAAAGGAAUCAUAAAUCUUGGAAACACAUGCUUCUUCAACGCUGUCAUGCAGAAUCUGUCUCAGACACACAUGCUAAACGACCUCAUACAGGAAGUGAAGGAGAAAGGACACAAGAUGAAGAUCUGCCUCCCUCCAGAGACCAAUUUGGGCCCUUUAACCGUGACUCUGGCAGGUCCGGAGCCGCUCACAUCUGCCAUGAUGUUGUUCCUUUACAGUAUGAAGGAGACGGGGAAAGGACCUGUAUCUCCCAAAAUCCUCUUUACUCAGCUCUGUCAGAAGGCGCCUCGUUUUAAAGGUUAUCAGCAGCAGGACAGUCAGGAGCUCCUGCACUACCUGUUGGACUCAGUCAGGAUGGAGGAGAACAAGGACCAACGCAUGCAUAGUUGUGCUGUCACCUGCAGGAUCUCAGAUAAACUUAUCUCCCUAAAAAGAAUUAAAGCUGCCAUCCUGAAAGCGUUUAAUAAUCCUACUGAGAAAACGGCUGACGAGGAAACUAAACGGCAAGUCAAAGCGUAUGGUAAAGAGGGUGUGAAGAUGAACUUUGUUGAUCGUAUCUUUGUUGGCGAGUUGACGAACACCAUUAUGUGUGAGGAGUGUGAACAUAUUUCUACAGUGAAGGAGGCUUUUAUCGACAUCUCUCUGCCCAUCAUCGAGGAGAGAAUGUCCAAACCCUCGAACCCGGGCAGGCUGAGUAAACCGGGCCGAGACCAGGAGUCCGCGAGCGGCCACGCUGACGAGCCGUCUCAGUCACACACCACACGGAACGGGAAGAAGCCGAGCGUCCAGAAGCUGCAGGGUCGAAGGUCAUCCACUUGUCAUGACACCAGAGGAACAGAUGAACCAGCAUUCACUCUGCGAGAAGACGCAACAUGUUCGCGUGGGCACUGUUGCCCUGGCGACACAGCAGGCAGUCAAUCGGAUGCCAGCGAUAAAGACUCGUCCCCUCAGGACAGCAGCAACGAUGCGGACAGCGAGGCGUCCGAGUCUGAGUCCUCGCUGCAAGUCUCCAGUUCCUCCAAUAAAGGCUUAUCUUCGUCUUCCUGUUUGAAACCCACCCAGUCUGCACCAAGCCCCGCCCCUUUUGUCCGGGAGCAGACAGGAAGUGCAGUUGAACAGCUAGUGAGCGCGGUGUCUAAAUUAGGGUUAGUGCACACAUCACUAGAUGGUUUUCCACUCAAGGAAAAAGAGGUGAGAGACAGGGAGAGAGAACAGCAGGGGGCCUUCCAAGCGCUGUCACACAGCUACACCCCGGCGUCUAAAGAGUGUUCAGUGCAGUCCUGCCUCCAUCAGUUCACCUCCAUCGAGCUGCUGAUGGGAAACAACAAGCUGCUGUGUGAGAACUGUACAGAGAGACGCCACAAACAGCACAAAAGGAGUGCAGAAGUUUUUAAACUAGAAGUUACGACAGAGAGUGUGAGUGUAACGUCUGACGUAAUGAGGGUGUGUGCUACAGAUAAGAAAAUGGAGAAGGUGUACACGAGCGCACGCAAGCAGAUGCUGAUCUCAGAGCUGCCACCAGUCGUCACACUGCACCUUAAACGCUUCCACCAGGCUGGGAUGAACUUACGGAAGGUGAAUCGGCAUGUUGAUUUCCCGCUUGUUCUGGAUUUAGCUCCAUUCUGCUCCGCCUCCUGCAAGAACCUGGGUUCUGGAGAGCGGGUCCUCUACAGUCUGUAUGGUAUUGUGGAACACAGUGGCUCGAUGCGCGGAGGCCAUUACACAGCGUAUGUCAAAGUCCGAACGCCACAGCGCAAGUGUGAACAACACAGGAGUCAAUCUGGUUGUAGAGAGGCUGUGUCAGCACCUCCUGGUCAGUGGGUGUAUGUGAGUGACACCAGCGUCCAGACGGUUUCUGAAUCUCGAGUACUGAACUCUCAGGCAUACCUGCUCUUCUAUGAGGAGAUCCUCUAGAGGGUGCCAUUACUUAUGGGACUCUUAAGUUCAGACGUCACUAAUGUUCUCUUACGGAUGCAAACAGAUCAGUCAGCUAUAACACACACACACACACACACACACACACACACACACACACACACACACACACACACAUAUGUAUGUAAUGUUCUGCAGUUUGAGAAAAACCUGGUAUGAAUGGCACUUAUUAAUAUUAUAUAAAUAACCAUUAUUAGUAUUAUUAUUGUUAUUAUUAUUUAUUAUUGUUCAUUAAUUCCUAUGCUUAGAGGUUGAUAGCUGGUCAUUACUGAGAUGCUAUUAUGAGUAGAAAAUAUUCUUAAGUGUAGAAUUAUUUUAUUUUACAGAUAUUGUUUGUCAUCAAUUUGCUUGAAAAAGAAAUCUUUCAUAUCUUGGUUAAUAAAUACCAAAGACAAUAAAACACAUCAGAGGACAGAACCGAGGUUCUGUGCAGCUCUUUACUGUUACAGAGAACCUCAGAAUGAAAAUCAAGCGAUAUGAUACGGCACCAUAUUCAGCACGCACAAUAUGAUAAUCAUCAGAAUACUAAAGCUUGAUCCAAUCUGAUAAACCUGAGUAACACCCACACGUCUUUUAUUUCAUACUCCAGAGGAAAUAAAAUUUUCAUCUUGUGUCA